AUGAUUAUAUGUGAGAUAGGAAAUGGAGCUUCUGCUAGUUUUUGGAAUGAUAACUGGACUUCUUUAGGUCCUCUGAUCGAUAUAACGGGACCUAGAGGACCAGAGGUCACGGGUCUACACGGUGACGCAGUGGUUGCGGAAGCAUUAAGAGAGGAUAAUUGGUGGGUUAAUAGAAGCCGUAGCAGGAACAUGCUUAUUUCUCUGGUUCGAGACUGCCUACCAGAAGCAUGCCCUAUCAUCUCUUCUGAAGCGGAUGAUAGCUACUUAUGGAAGCCAGGUAAAAGAGCUGCUUCCUGCUCUUUCUCUACUAUGGAUACUUGGGCAGCUCUGCAUCCUCAGGGGGAGUCAGUGUUCUUGCACCGGCAAGUUUGGUUACAUGGGAGGAUACCGAAACACGCCUUUAUUACUUGGGUUACUGCUAGAAACAGACUGGGAAUGAGAGAUAGAUUGCGGAGUUGGGAACUUCAGGUGCCGUCAAAUUGCAUUCUAUGCAACUUGGCAGAUGAGACGAGGCAACACCUCUUCUUUGAGUGUAGUUACAACGCUGAAGUGUGGAAUUUUUUCUGCUCGAGAUUGAAUAUUCACCCUCCUGUCCUGUUUGAAGAUGGUUUGAGAUGGCUCAGGAACCCGUCUCCUGAUGAGUUUGUGAAGCUGAUAACAAAGCUCAUAUACCAAGCAGCAAUUUGUAGUAUUUGGAAGGAGAAGAAUAAUCGAAUUCAUAAUCAGAGAUUUGGCCCGACUCAGAUAGUGAUUCUUGAGAUGAAGCAAGUUAUUCAAGCUCGAUUGGAUCCUUUAUCAAGAGCCAGCAACUCUAGAAGGACUGAUACUACGCUGCUUGGUACUUGGUUUACUUUUUUCUAG